GUGGGUAGCCAUUUGUCUACGCAGGACAGGUAAAGGAAAUUGUAAGGAAGAGAAUACAGGCAACAAUCAUGGUUCAAUAACUCAGUUUACCUUAAAUCGAUGUUGUAUUCGUAAAGAAAGGAUACAUUGUCAUCUUGGAGAGUUGUGCCUCACGCCUCACCAUGAGUCGCCCGCGAUCAGACUCCCAGGGUUCCCUGGGCCCCGACGAUGAGGUCAUGCCGUAUAGUGACGAUGAGACGGAUGAAGAGUUGGAACCAAGCUCAGAGGGAGAUGGGCCUCCAGGGGCCCCCCAGGAGGAGGAACCGAAGUUGGGCGAGUUUGGCUGGAAGGUCAAGGCUAAUGACAGAGACUUUUGUAACCUGCCCGAAUAUCAGCAUAAAGUCUUCCUGUGCUUCAAGAAGAGCAAGUAUGCAGGGAACGCAAUCAAGACGUACAAAUACAACGCUCUCACUUUCAUACCUCUGAAUAUGUUUGAGCAGUUCAAGCGGGCAGCCAACCUCUACUUCCUCGCCUUGCUCAUCUUGCAGAUUAUUCCGCAAAUCACCACACUGCCUUGGUACACCACGUUGGUACCUCUGGUUCUGGUGUUAGGCAUCACCGCCAUCAAAGACCUGGUGGAUGAUCUGGCUCGCCACAGGAUGGACAAGGAAAUCAAUAACAGGAAGUGUGAGGUCUUACUGGAUGGCAGGUUUCAAGAGUCAAAGUGGAGAGACAUUCAUGUCGGUGAUGUGGUUCGCCUGAAGAAAAACGAUUUCAUUCCAGCUGACAUUAUGAUGCUGUCGAGUUCCAACCCCAACAGCCUUUGCUACGUAGAAACAGCUGAACUAGAUGGGGAAACGAAUCUGAAGUUCAAAAUGGGCUUGAGAGUUACGGACGAGAGAUUGCAGGAGGAGAGCCAGCUGGCCAGGUUUGACGCCAUGAUCAUAUGCGAGGAGCCCAACAACCGCCUGGACAAGUUCACAGGAACCAUGCGGUGGAAGAAAGAGAGCUAUCCCCUGGACCUGGACAACAUGCUGCUAAGAGGCUGCACAAUCCGCAACACAGACGAGUGUCACGGCCUGGUCAUCUAUGCUGGUGCUGAUACCAAAAUUAUGAGGAAUGGGGGCAAGACCAGGUUCAAAAGGACGAAGAUUGAUGAACUCAUGAAUUACAUGGUGUACACGAUCUUCGUCCUCCUCAUCCUGGUAUCAUCUGGCCUGGCUAUUGGACACACCUUCUGGUACGAGGAGAUAGGCAGCAAGGCCUGGUAUCUAUAUGAUGGACUGGACCAGGAGGCCUCAUACAGGGGCUUCCUCAGUUUCUGGGGCUACAUCAUCGUUCUCAACACCAUGGUACCCAUUUCCCUCUACGUCAGUGUGGAGGUGAUCCGCCUGGGCCAGAGCAAGUUCAUCAAUUGGGACUUGCAGAUGUACUACGCCGAGAAGGACACGCCGGCCAAGGCUCGCACCACCACCCUCAACGAGCAGCUGGGCCAGAUCGAGUACAUCUUCUCGGACAAGACGGGCACCCUCACACAGAACAUCAUGGCCUUCAAGAAGUGCACCAUCGGAGGCCGCACCUAUGGAGAUGCCACAACAGAGACGGGCGUGUCUCUAGAGCGCGGCAAGCCGGUCGACUUCAGCUGGAACACUUACGCAGACCAGAAAUUCGACUUCCUGGACCAUUCCCUCGUGGCUUGCAUCCGCUCAAAGAAGGACAAGGACACUUUGGAGUUCUUUAAGCUUCUGUCCCUGUGUCACACUGUCAUGGUGGAACAGAAGGAAGACGAGCUGGUCUACCAGGCGGCGUCGCCGGACGAGGGCGCCCUCGUCACCGCGGCGAGGAACUUUGGGUUUGUGUUCCUGUCCCGCACGCAGGACACGAUCACCAUCAGCGAGAUGGGGCAGGAGACCACCUACGGGAUGCUGGCUCUGCUGGACUUCAACAGUGACCGCAAGCGCAUGUCCAUCAUCUUGAAAUUCCCUGACGGACGCAUCCGAUUGUACUGCAAAGGCGCCGACACUGUCAUGUAUGAGCGUCUGCAUCCCAACUCCAAACACCAGGACACCACUCAGGCUCAUUUGGACGUCUUUGCCAACGAGACGCUGCGUACCCUGUGCCUGUGCUACAAGGACAUCAGCCAGCAGGACUUUGACUCCUGGUCGAGGAGACACAAGGCUGCCAGCGUGGUCAUGAGCAACCGAGACGAAGCCCUGGACGAGUUGUAUGAACAGAUCGAGAAGAACCUGAUGUUGAUUGGCGCCACAGCCAUCGAGGACAAGCUGCAGGAUGGAGUCCCGGAGACCAUCGCCAAACUGGCCAAGGCUGACAUCAAAAUCUGGGUCCUGACUGGGGACAAGAAAGAAACUGCUGAGAACAUUGGCUACUCCUGUUCGCUACUGACGGACAACAUGCAGAUCCACUAUGGAGAGGAUGUGAAUGUGAAGCUGACCAGUCGCCAGGCGAACCGCAGGAACAAUCCACUUGCCAGCGGUCUCAACCGGAAGAAGGUGCAAGAACCGUUCUUCACGGAGCCUGGCAAGAACGCUCUGAUCAUUACCGGAGGCUGGCUGAACGAGAUCCUGUACGAGAAGAAGAAGAAACGCCGACGGCUCCGCCUGCGCCGACUGGGCAAGAGGCCACCGUCCGCCAACCCCCAGGACGGCCAGCCCAUCGACGACUGGGAGAAGGAGAUGCGCCAGGUGGACUUUGUGGACAUGGCGUGCGAGUGCGAGGCGGUCAUCUGCUGCCGCGUCACGCCCAAGCAGAAGGCCAACGUGGUCAGCCUGGUGAAGAAGUACAAGAAGGCCAUCACCCUGUCCAUCGGAGACGGCGCCAACGACGUCAACAUGAUCAAGACGGCAGACAUUGGCGUGGGGAUCAGUGGUCAGGAGGGCAUGCAGGCCGUGAUGUCGAGCGACUACGCCUUCGCCCAGUUCUGUUACCUCGAGCGCCUCCUGCUGGUGCACGGACGCUGGUCCUACAUCCGCAUGUGCAAGUUCCUCCGCUUCUUCUUCUUCAAGAACUUUGCCUUCACCCUGGUCCACUUCUGGUACUCCUUCUUCAGUGGGUACUCCGCCCAGGUUGCCUAUGAAGACUGGUUCAUUACACUGUACAACGUCUGCUACAGCAGCCUUCCUGUCCUCCUGGUUGGCCUUUUGGAUCAGGAUGUGAAUGAUAAACUCAGUCUCAAGUUCCCCAAGUUAUACCUCCCGGGCCAACAAGGGGCGCUCUUCAACUUCAAGAACUUCUUCAUCAGUCUCUUCCAUGGGAUCUUCGUGUCUCUGAUCACCUUCUUCAUCCCCUAUGGAGCCUUCCUUCAGACCAUGGGGCAGGACGGAGAAGCUCCCUCCGACUACCAGUCCUUUGCUGUGGUUACGGCAUGCUCCCUCAUCAUCACGGUCAACCUGCAGAUAUCACUGGACACAUCGUACUGGACGUUUGUAAACUGCUUUGCGGUCCUCGGUAGUAUAGCGAUAUACUUUGGGAUCAUGUUUGAUAUCCACAGUGCGGGAAUUCAUGUCAUCUUCCCUUCGGCCUUCACGUUCACUGGAGUGGCCUCCAAUGCCUUGAGACAGCCCUACCUGUGGCUGACCAUCAUUCUGACUGUGGCCAUCAGCCUUCUACCUGUCAUCUGCAUUCAGUUCCUUCACAAAUCCAUAUGGCCUUCUGUAGGGGAUAAGGUCCAGAGAAACAGGAAGAAGUAUGAGAUGGAGGAGGAGGAGGAGGAGAAGAAGAAGAAGAAGCCCACUCUGUUCCAGCGCGGCCGGCAGUCCCGUCGAUCCGCCUACGCCUUCUCUCACUCCAGAGGCUACGCUGACCUCAUUGCGUCUGGCCGCAGCAUCCGACGAAGGCCCGCUAUACAAAGAGACCCCCAGGACAGCAUCAGGGAGGUUCCUCAGAGAGAGGCCGAAAACAUUUAACGGGCUGGCCUUAUAGGCCUUAGCCCACCCUAUGAACAGACUUUAACAUGGAAUGACACACUGAAAACCACAUGUUUAAUGGGGGUGGCCUAAUAUUAUUGUAUGACAAUGAUGCUUAACUCAGGAUUAUAAGGAUUUUCUUUUGUCUCCCCCUUAUGGACUAUUGGGGAAUAGCUUGUUACUGGUGAAAAUACAUUUUGUUGGGUGAGUAGAGCAACCUGUUCUGCUUCCGAAUAAUGUGAAAUAUGCCAGCUAUGCAAUGUUUUCAGUACUUUUUUAGCUGAAAUUGUAAACUCUUUAUUUAAAAUUGUGUAUAGUACAGGCAUAUAUGUGACCCUAUGGACUGUAAAUUGCUUACUUGCAGAAGGGUGUCAUAAUCAGAAUUUCUGAGGGCAUGAUCUCACUGUAGUUAUUUUCCGUUUUUUUUAAAUUGUUCCUUUAUUCUGUCCUCUGCUAAAUGGAAUUUCAAACAUAUUUUAUUUAAGGAAUAUUGAUAUUUUAAAGCAAAACAAGUUGUCUACACUGACCCCAACAACUCAGUUCCUCUGGACAAUAUUAUCCAUUACAACUUUUUUCUACCCAAAUUACUCAAGCUGCAAAAACGUCUCAAAAAAUAUUUUUCAGCAAAGUGUCAGUCAGUUGUGUUCUGAAGUCCGUUCUGUCAACCCUCUUUAGAUUGUGCAUGGUUUUGUUAUGAGACUAAUGUUAGUAAAUAGCUAUGGCAGUAGUUUGACAUGGCCAAAAUGAGAGAAAUUAGCACAGCUUGAAUGUGUCAGUUAAUUUGUCAUUUUUUGCCACAAUUUACUGUUCUGAUAUCUAAUCCGAUCAUGGGCCAAAUAUAUGCAGAAGACCAGCUGCAGUUUCUCUUAACAUCAUCUUUAAUGUCAUAACCGGUUACAAGAUAUGAUAUGGUUCUUUUUUGUGAUUAGUUGUUGUCUUAUUGGAAUUCUGGAACAAAGCUGUCAGGAUGUACACAAUGUGGCCUUAACUUUUAUAAACUUUUUUUGUGUACUGAUGUAAAAUUACAAGGAAUAAAGGCAGACUUAAUGGUA